AUGCGCAUUGUUGUAGCUGGUUCUGGCGCCAUGGCCAGGUAUAUCUGCGACGAAUUCCCCAAGUAUGGCCAUCAAGUUGUUAUACUGUCACGAAGCGAAAAGCCGAUCUUCAACGGCCGUCCCAACAUUUCGCAAGUUGUCACGGAUUACUCAGUUGACUCGUUGGUCGCUGCAAUUGACAACUGUGAGAUGUUGAUCUCCAUGAUCCUCUCCUAUGGAACUGAUUUCAUCGACGCGCACCUGAACCUAAUCAAAGCAUGCCAGCUCAGCCCAAAUGCAAGCAACUACCCAGACAUGCCUCUCUUCUAUUACCAUACGCGUGAGCCUAUCAGAAAGGCAUUGCGGGAGCAAUCGGAGUUGGAGUGGACGAUUGUUAGUGUCGGUUGGCUCGCGGACUAUGUGGUUCCUUCAAGGAACAGAUAUCUUGCUGAUAUUGGUCCGGCAUUUCCUAUCGACCUUGCAACGAACCAGAUUGUCAUCCCAGGUACAGGAAAUGACCAUAUUGACCUCACCGCGGCCCGUGAUCUUACCGCAGCGUUGGCAAUGCUCGCCAAUGCACCUUCGUGGGAGCCCUAUCUCUACAUCUCCGGCGAAAAGACUACUUGGAAUGACCUUGCGAAACUUGUCCAGCAGCGAUACCCUAGUAUGACUAAAGUCAAACGGAUUGGUCUUGGACAGCUUCUCAAUACCAUUCAGACAUCGACGGAUGAAGAGGAGAUUUUGCUAUCACACUACCAGAUAUCCACGCCACUAGGAGGCGGCUCGCUCGAUCCGGAAUUGGUGCAGCGUCAUGGCCGCAAGUUUUUUGCCGGUUUGCAUUUCCGGAAACCAGAAGAUCUGAUCAAAGAGGCAUUUACAAAUGGUAAUACGAUUGUUUGA